UUAUGAAAAACGUCUCUAUGAUUCAACUUCCUCCAGCUAAUGAUGGGCGUUGCUUUCUCAACUCUUCUCUGAAAGGUGUGGCGAUUUUGGCUCACUGUGAAAUUCCUCCUCCGGCAUCAACCCUGUCCUCUAACUUUAAGUUUAAUACUUCUCUACAACCACAACAAGAACAACAACAACAAUGUCUGUUUGGGAUGACUUGGACCUGCUCCUAGACUCCCCCUCCUCAUUAACUGUGACAUCCAGUGCAAGAGGAACUGUGAAGGACCAUGUAAACUUCAAAAUGGAUGAAGAUGUGUCUGCACUGAGGAAGGCCAUGGAGGGCGUUGGUACGACAGAAAAGACACUAGUUGAGGUGUUGACCCAAAGAAGUAAUGCUCAGCGUCAGCUCAUCGCUAAGGCCUAUGAGAAAGCCUCAGGAAGGAAAUUGGUAGAUGACCUGAAGGGCGACACCCAAGGAGACUUUGAGGAUUUGUUGGUAGCCUUGGUAACGCCUCCCGAUGUUUACGACUGUCAUGAAGUCAUCAACGCCAUCAAGGGAGCAGGGACCACCGAGAGUACGCUGACAGAAAUCUUUGCAUCGAGAUCCAACAGACAGAUCAAGGCCCUGUCUGAAGCAUAUCUUGCAGAAACAGGGAAAUCGCUGAUUCAUGAUCUGCAGUCGGAGGUGACUGGAGACUAUGGCAAAGCCCUGCUCAUCUUGGCUGAGGGGAAGAGAGACGAGAGCACCAAUGUGGACCCUGCCAAAGCUAAAGCGGAUGCUAAGGCCCUGUAUGAAGCCGGGGAGAAGAAGUGGGGAACCGAUGAGGAGAAGUUCAUCGACAUCCUGUGCCACAGGAGUAUUCCCCAGCUUCGACAGACUCUGGUAGAGUACAAGAAUAUUAGUAAGAAGACUCUGCAGGAGAGCAUCGAGAGCGAGAUGUCUGGAGACACGGAGGAGCUACUAGUGGCUGUUGUUAAGUGUGUGAAGACCGUCCCUGCAUACCUGGCUGAGAGGCUUUACAAGAGCAUGAAGGGUGCGGGGACAACAGAGUCCACUCUGACCAGGAUAAUUGUGAGUCGCUCAGAGUUGGACCUGCAGGACAUCAGAGCAGAGUACAAGAAGCUGUUUGGAUGUUCCCUCUACUCCCAGUUAGAGUCUGAAGUGUCGAACAGUUACGGCAACGCCCUCAAGAAUCUAUGUGGCCAAGACUAACUCCUCCCAACUCCCAUGAUGGGAAACAUGUGGUGGUGUGAAGUGCAGAUGGGAAGAACCGCAGCUAAAGAUGGAGGGUGACCUGCCGCUGACCUUUUCAAUAGCAUCAUAGCUUGAACGAACCAUCUAGAAAAAUGCUUUUGAAUGUGGAAUUCCAGUAAUGUUCAACCAGACAGACUGAAUGAUUAAUACACGCAGACUUAAAAAUAAGUAUUGACAUGAAAAUGCUGUUGAAUGUCUUUUUGAAUUUAUAAAAUAGUUUGUAUUCCACAUAAACUCCACAUUUCACAUGUAUUGUAUCUUCUUGCAAAUUGUAACACAAAUAACAAUUGUCCUUACUUUCACAUUUAAGAAAAUAAAAAUAUUCUACUACUUGAUGUGAGUGAGCAAAGAGACGACAAGAUGACACCAUGUUUAUAUAAAAAAACUACUUAUUUUAUUUAAUGGUUUUGUUUAUAUUGCUGUAACCGACUCCUACACAGGUCAUCAGGACCUUGUCCCCUCCUUUCCUUUCGUCUUCUGAAGGCUUCUGAACCUCGAUCUUGAACAUGAUCUGGAAGAAAUCUCUAAUGUGUCUGAGGAACUCGAUCCUAUAGAGACGGUGAGGGAGAGAGAGGGGGAAGAAAGUAAAAAAAAAAAAAA